GGGCGGGUGGUUCCUMUCAUGAGGCCUAAAAAGCCUUUUCCCUUCGGCCUGUGCUGCCUCGUCUUCGGCCUGGUGGUGUUCCUGGCCGGAGUGGUGCUGGCCUCUGUCUUCAUCCAUCGCUCCUACUUCAUACCUCAGCAGCAGAUCCCAGAGGACAGCCUGUUCCACUGCCGGGUCGUCUUCGAAGACUCGGUGUACGCUCCGCUGAGGGGACGGCAAGAACUGGAGGAGAACGUGGGCAUCUUCCUGGAGGACAACUACGAGCAGAUCAGCGUGCCCGUGCCACACUUCGGAGGGAGCGACCCGGCUGAUAUCAUCCACGACUUCCAGAGGGGUCUCACAGCUUAUCACGACAUUGCCUUGGACAAAUGCUACAUCACUGAGCUGAACACGACCUCGGUGAUGCCUCCACGGAGCCUGUGGGAGCUACUUAUUAACGUCAAGAGAGGGACGUACCUUCCUCAGACCUACAUCGUCCAGGAGGAGAUGGUCGUGACCGGAAGGGUGAGGAACAUGMGGCAGCUGGGCCCGUACAUCCACAGACUCUGCUUCGGCAAAGAAACGUACCGCCUCAGACGCCGCGGCCAGCGCCAACGUAUCGAAAGGCGCGAGACAAAAAGGUGUCAUCGAAUCCGUCACUUUGAAAACACGUUUGUGGUCGAGACCGUCAUCUGCGACAGAUUCUAACAUCUGGGGAGGAAAUCACAGCCAGCCGACACCGAAGCCAGUUUCAAACCAUACCUCUUGAACUCCUUCUGCGUUUAAACUGCACUUUAAGAGCAACAUUUUGUCCAUUCCUUUCAGUUUUUAUUUUAAUUUUUUAGCGUUUUUGUCUCCUUCUAGAAUGCUCUUUAACUGUCAACAUCAUGUCUUUUUUUAUUUAGAUUAUUAGUGUAGGUAAUGUGUUUAACUGUAGGUCGUCCUGUAGAGCAGAAAAUGUUCACGAGUCGGUUCAGAUCAGAAUAUGUCUGUGUAUUGUUGAGUAAUCCAGUGCACUGCAGAUCAUUGUAAAGACUUUUUGAAGCUGCUUGCACUUUGCACUCGUUAUUACUUGAUUCUUAUUUGGUUUAAAUGGCAAAAACAUACCUCAUGUAGUUAUAAAGUUAAUUUGCUGAUUUAAAUCAUUAACGACUUGUGUACAUAACUUUUGACUUGUUCCUAAGCAAUAUACUCUGUAAAUUGAUUUCUGUUCCUYGUAACGUUCUCAUGAAUCAACUCAUUUAUUUAUGGUUCACCACUCGUUUCUAUURGUAACUGUUUGUUGGUUAAAAUGGCUUUAGACUGUCACUAGUAGCAGUGCUGUGGAGGAACAAAGGGAACCAAAGUCUGCAGUGAUGCUAUACGGUUAUUAUAUUUACAAAUAACGCUCGACGGUUCAGAUCAUUCACUGUAGAUGAUAUCAAAAGCUCAGACCUGCUUUGUUUUGCUCUUCCUCCUCCUCUUCACUCAGAUUUGCCUGUGCUCUUAGUACUUCCUGUCCACAAUGUUGCUGUGUCUCAACAUUUUGUCCAAUUUUCUGACGUCCAUGUGCUCAUAUUUCUCUAAUGUUUUACUGUACAGAUGAAUUUACUUGUAAUAUUUUGCUGCUUUAAGAAUAAAUGAUUAAUCUUUG